AUGACCUCCAAAGAUGGCGAAGCACUGGAUUUGGCACAACGAAUUGCCUCUGAUCCAACCGAUGAGAAAACCCCGAAGAUACAAUAUGGGGAGGCCGAAGAUGCGGCGAUCAUAGCAGCACUGCAAGGCUAUGUGCCAGAUACUGUGGAAGAAAAACGCUUGGUCCGAAAGAUUGACUUCAUCUUGCUACCAAUCCUUUGGUGGAUGUACAUACUUGCCCAUCUCGACAGGAGUAACAUUGCCAACGCCAACGCGGCGGGCAUGAGUGAGGAGCUUGGCCUGUCGGAUAAUCAAUACGCAAUGCUAGUAUCGCUCUUCUUCGUGGCCUACGUCAUCUUUGAGGUUCCUUCGAACAUGAUCCUUAUGAAGGUGAAACCGUCGAUCUAUUUGUCCACGAUUGUAUGGGUUUGGGGAUGCGUAGUUCUCGGAAUGUCGCAAACAAAGAGCGCAACAGGACUCCUUAUUGGACGUUUCUUCCUGGGCGCAAUCGAGGCGGGACUGUAUCCGGGCGCGUUGUUCAUCUUGACCUGCUGGUACACGAAGAAAGAAGUUGGCAAGCGCUUUUGCAUCUUCUACACCUCCGGCUGCGUAUCCCCAGCGCUGGGUGGUAUUAUGGCAGGUGCCAUAAUUUCCAGCCUGGACGGUGGUAUUCCGGGCUGGCGAUGGCUGCUCAUUAUUGAGAGCAUCAUUACCAUUGCUUGUGGCUUUGGACUGUAUUUCAUCCUUCCCAAUUGGCCAAUUGAAUCCAAGAUGCUUUCUCCGGAGCAACGCCUUCUUGCUCACGUCCGCAUCCUCCGCGAUCGAGACCAGUCCUGGGACAUCGAUGAGGCAGCUCUCACCCCCUUUCAAGCAUUCCUGGCAGUGGUCAGAGACGGAAGAACAUAUCUCUUUAUGAUCAUCUACACCUCGAACUGCUUGGCCUUGACCGUUUCGUACUUCAUUCCGACCAUGCUUCGAGGAAUGGGAUAUACGAGCACCAGUGCCCAAUGGAUGACGGUACCCAUCUGGAGUUGUGGUGCCGUGUUUCAGCUGUUCUGGUCCUGGACUUCUGACAAGACCGAAGACCGAAGAUGGCACAACGCUGGUCUUCUCGCUUUCGCCGGAGUUGCUACUUUAGUAGCACUUUUUGUCAGCAAUAGCGCAGUCAAAUAUGCCAUGCUAUGCCUGCAGACUGGUGCGAUGUACACAACGGUACCUCUGAUUCUCAACUGGACAAGCGAGGUCAUGUCCCAACCAGCACGUAAGCGAUCGAUAGCCAUCGCGCUGGUCAACUCUUUUGGUCACACGAGUUUCAUAUAUGGAAGCUUUUUGUGGCCCAGCGCUGAGGGACCACGCAACCUGAAGGGAUUUGCCGUAUCGACUGCCGUUCUAUGGCUUGGCGUGUUGAUCGCUGCAUUAAUGCCAGUGGUUGCGAACUAUUUGCCGAAGCCGCUGUCUGAUGGGGUGUUGCGUGGACAGGAGGUCCACCUUGCUGACAACGACAACGACCAGCUCAAGAAACGGGAUGAAUAA